GACAACCCGGAAGAAACAGCAGCCCGAAAAGAGCGCCUGGAGUUCAAUUUUGAAAAGAUACGAAGACAUUGACAGUUCUGAUCUGAGGUCAGUGUCCGCCCCAGUAAGACCAUGAGUUUCUCCCCCACACCCGUGGGCCCGCCCGGCAGCCGUAGUGUCCAGGAGCAGAGAGAGAAGUGGGAGAGGAAGAGAACCCGUACAGUCAGGGCUCUGGUCCAAACUGAACAGAAAUACUGUAAACAACUACAACUAGUCAACACGUACUUUGUGGAGAUUCUGAAGGCCAAAGGCACCCUGAGGCAGGACAUUAGAGAAAGCAUCUUUAGUUCCAUUCCAUCCGUCUAUUCAGUAAACCAGACGUUGUUGGUCCGUCUGGAGAACGGGGACUUCGGCCGUGGAUUUGAUGACUUCUGUCCUCACCUCCACCACUACGUUACCUACGUAGACAACAUCCAGAACGCCAACAGGGUCCUGGCGCUCCAGGUCAAGAAGAACAAAGCCUUUAGAAGGUUUAAGAAGCUCCAGGAGUCCAGACCAGAGUUCCUCAACUGUAAACUAGAGGACCUCCUCCCACUGCCCAUACAGCGCAUCCAACAGUAUGUUAUUCUGUUUCCAUACACCUUAGAUUGGAACGACCAAUGGGUGGGUUUAUUGGUGGAGAACGACCAAUGGGUGGGUUUAUUGGUGGAGAACGACCAAUGGGUGGGUUUAUUGGUGGAGAACGACCAAUGGGCGGGUUUCUUGGUGGAGAAGGACCAACGGGUGGGUUUCUUGGUGGAGAAGGACCAACGGGUGGGUUUCUUGGUGGAGAACGACCAAUGGGUGGGUUUAUUGGUGGAGAACGACCAAUGGGCGGGUUUCUUUGUGGAGAAGGACCAACGGGUGGGUUUCUUGGUGGAGAACGACCAAUGGGUGGGUUUCUUGGUGGAGAACGACCAAUGGGUGGGUUUCUUGGUGGAGAACGACCAAUGGGUGGGUUUAUUGGUGGAGAACGACCAAUGGUUGUUUUGA